UCAUACCGCUGCUCGCGGCUGGACAGCCGUCCGAGCACGACGCCGCGAGGGUGCUACAGUACCGUGAUGCCAUGGUGGAGUCAUCGAGGCGAGGAUACUCCUAUAUACACAGGCAGAGUGGCAACGUGUCAGUGCAGCAGCCGUGACAUGACCGGUGCACCCGAGACUGCGCGCCCGAUGUCUGGCCACGGCAAGCAGCAGCAGCUCCUACGCCACCCCGCGCUCGCCGCCGGCCAUGGCAGCGGCAGCGGCAUGGGGAGGCGCAGGUACCUCGCCUUCCUAGCCAUCGCCGCCGCCCUGGUCGCCUCCUACCACCUCCUCCACGCGCCCACCCCGUCGUCGCGCUACCACGCGCUCUUCCUCACCCUUGGCUCCAACGCCAGCGCUGCCGCGCACCUCCGUGCGCUCACGCUCCGCCCGCACGUCGCCGGCACCCCGGCCAACGCCCUCGCCGCCGAGUACGUCCGCGCCACGCUCUCCUCCCUCUCCUUCCCCACCCGCGUCACGCCCUACUCCGUGCUCCUCUCCUACCCCCUCCACCGCUCGCUCUCCCUCUCCGCGCCCGGCCGCGCCACCAAGUCAUUCUCCCUCACCCAGGACACCUACCCCAACGACCCCUACGCCGAGGCGGCGGCGGAGGUCGUCCCCACCUACUUCGCCUACUCCGGCUCCGGCUCCGUCACCGCCGAGGUCGUGUACGCCAACUACGGCGACAGGAAGGACUACGCCUACCUCGCCUCCCGCGGCGUGGACGUCGCGGGGAAGGUCGUGCUCGCGCGCUACGGGGACAUCCACUGCGAGGACAUGGUGCGGAACGCUCGCGACGCCGGCGCCGCCGCGACGAUCAUCUACACCGACGCCAAGGACUUCGGCGGGCCCGCGGGCAAGGGGAAGCGGAAGUGGUUCCCCAACACGCGGUGGCUGCCGCCCAGCGGCGUUCAGGUGGGGACCCUCUACUACGGGAACGGCGACCCGACGACGCCGAUGUGGCCGUCGUGCGCCGCAGGGGAGGACUGCGAGCGUCUGAGCACGGAGGAGCUGGAGGCGAGCGAGGCGAUGCCCGGCAUCCCCGCGCUGCCGGUGUCGGGGAGGGACGGGGAGACAAUCCAGAAGGCGAUGGGCGGCGGCGUGGCCCCACCGGAGUGGCAGGGCGGCGAGGGCGCGCCCGUGUACCGGAUCGGGCCCGGCCCGGCCGUGCUGAAUCUCACAUACAUCGGAAAUGACACCCUAGCAACCAUCGAAAAUGUCUUCGCUGUGAUAGAAGGGAAGGAAGAGCCUGACAGAUAUGUGAUCAUAGGCAACCAUCGUGAUGCCUGGACAUUCGGGGCAGUCGAUCCCAACAGCGGAACAGCAGCUAUGCUCGAGAUUGCGGAGAGGCUGUCCCAGCUAGAAAAGAAAGGAUGGAGGCCAAGGCGAACAAUCAUCGUCUGCAGUUGGGAUGCAGAAGAGUUUGCGCUGAUAGGGUCUACGGAAUGGACCGAGGACAACAUCGAUAUGCUUGCUUCAAGAGCUGUUGCUUAUCUGAAUGUGGACAUAUCAGUGUUUGGGCCAGGAGGUCUCAUGCCCCGCGCAACCCCUCAACUCGAUGAAUUGAUCAAGGAGGCAAGCAAAAUGGUACCCGAUCCUGAUGAUCCGUCUCAUACCUUGUAUGACUACAUGAUUCGCCAGAAUCCUCCGGUGGGUACAGUGAUGGAAUGGUCAUAUAAUUCUGUUGUGGCACAGAUG